AAGAGAUUUGAUACCGAAUGCGAAGUGACGAGAAAUGUUAGACACAGAAAUCUUGUUUCAGUGAUUACUACAUGUUCUAGUGACUAUAUAAGAGCCUUUGUUCUGCAAUUUAUGUCCAAUGGAAGUCUUCAGAAUUGGCUGUACAAAGAAGAUCGCCACUUGAACCUUCAUCAAAGAGUCACUGUAAUGCUUGAUGUAGCUAUGGCAGUUGAAUAUCUACAUCAUGGUCAUGUCACUCCAAUAGUUCAUUGCGACCUAAAGCCAACCAACAUACUUUUGGAUGAAGAUAUGGUGGCUCAUGUUGGUGAUUUAGGCAUCUCUAAAAUUUUAGCCAUAAGCAAGUCCAUGGCUUAUACCGAGACAUUGGGCGCUCUUGGAUACAUUGCACCAGAAUAUGGGUCGGAGGGAAUAGUGUCUGCUAGUGGUGAUGUUUAUAGUUACGGCAUCAUAUUGAUGGAGGUUUUGACAAGAAGAAGGCCAACAGAUGAAGAGAUAUGCAAUGAAAAUCUUGACUUGAGGAAAUGGAUCACACAAUCAUUUUCAGGGAGUAUGAUGGACGUUGUGGAUGCCAAUCUUUUUUCUGAGGAAGAACAAAUCACUAGUAAAAGUGAAAUCUGCAUAGCAUCCAUGAUAGAAUUGGGUUUAGACUGCACGAAGGAAACGCCAGAAUCAAGAGUGACCAUGAAAGAAGUAGUGAAGAGGCUUAACAAAAUCAAGAAUACAUUUAUGGAAACAUAG